AUGGCCAGUUCUUUGAGAAAUAUCAUCGUUGUUGGAGGGUCGUAUGUGGGAAAGACCACAGCCCAAGAACUCGCACAAGUCGUGCCAAACACGCACAGGGUGCUCCUGAUUGAGCCACACAGUCAUUUCCACCAUCUCUUUACCUUUCCCCGGUUCGCUAUCGUGCCCGGACAAGAACACAAAGCCUUCAUUCCAUACACGGGAGUCUUCCCUACUACCUCAAGCCUAGCCCGACAUGCCGUCGUGCAAGCCAGGGCUCUAUCCGUGCAGCCGCAACACCUCAAGCUGGACCGUGAGUGGCAAGGCUCUCGUCAAAUUCCCUUCGACUAUCUUGUUGUCGCAACUGGUACCCGUCUCGUCCAACCGGCCGGUAUGAGACAUGACGACAAGCUGUCCUCCGUCGCAUAUCUCCAGAACCACCAGAACGACGUGAAACGGGCAAAGUCCAUCCUCAUCGCGGGCGGUGGUGCAGUCGGCGUCCAGAUGGCGACGGAUCUAAAGGAAUUCUACCCCGAUAAGGAAAUCACGGUGGUGCAGUCUCGUCCUCAGUUAAUGUCUGGGUUCCAUGAAGGCCUACAUGAUCUUGUCAAGGAGCGGUUUGAUGAGCUUGGAAUCAAAUUCGUGACUGGAGCUCGCGUUAAGAUCCCUGCCGAGGGAUAUCCCACUCAGGGAGGUCCAUUCAAUGUCGAGCUCACCAAUGGCACGCAAUUGUCGACAGAAUUUGUGAUCUGUGCGACUGGCCAAACGCCAAAUAAUGGCCUCAUCAGUGAACUGACCCCCUCAACGUCAGAGUCUCUGAUUAACCCCGAUAAUGGGUUCAUCCGGAUUCGACCUACAAUGCAAUUCCUCGACCCCAAGUACUCCAAUUUGUUCGCAGUUGGCGACAUCGCCGAUACAGGACUGCGGAAGGCUGCUCGACCCGGCUCAGCGCAGGCUGAUGUGGUCGCAAAGAACAUCCAGGCGAUGAUCGAAGGGAAGAAUCCCAAGGACGUCUUCCCCCGGAUGCCGGCGGCGAUCCAUCUGACUCUCGGAAUGAAAUAUAAUGUCGUCUUCCGCAAUCCUAAUGUCGCCGAAGGGCAAACCGAGCCCACUAUCAUUAAGAGAGAUGAUGGGCGAGAUGAUAUGAAUGUCGAGGCAUUCUGGCAGAGGCUCGGGGUUUCGAUUGAGAGCUCCAAUCAGUAUCAUCUGUAG